UUGUAAUGGCCUACGGAUAAUUAUUCAUGCAUGCGUUACAUCAAUCUACCCGCAAUUAUUAUAGCUAUGUCUGGGUUUAUGGUACUGCACACACUUUAAGGCAACUUGGAUUCAAAUCAAAAUGGGAGCUGUAGGCCUAUGUUUAACAGCUGCUUUGCUGUUCCAACACGCGUACGCACUUUGCAGCAACCAGUAUCUAAAUGCGACAACGACCUCACAGUUAUUUUCUUACCAGUCUUACACAAACAACGAGUAUUGCCGAAUUCAAAUUGCGCCGUCUAAUAACCUUAACAGCAGUGAGUUCUUCUUGGAGAUAAAAUGGAUUCGGUUUGACAUCAAAGGGCAAAUGCCAGAUUGUAGGGAGGAUUUUGUCGAGGUACAUCUAACCAGGUCCGAGCAGAAUAUUGGUAAGUUUUGUUCCAGUAACAUGAAAGUCAGUCCUUUCACAAUGUACUCACACGAUGGCUUUGCAGAAUUGAUAUUUAGCAGUGACAAAAAAGACACAGGAAAUGGAUUUUCAUUAUCAUACAGACUGCAGAGAAAAGAUACCCAAGCACUGAGAAAACCGGAAGGAUGCAUAUUCAGACAGGAAAGCUCUUCAUUAUACUAUACAGACAAAUGGCCAAGGGGACAAAGUGAUACCAUAUUCUGUUUCCGGCUGAUUAAACUGCCAGAGGAUCAAAAUCUGAGGAUUUCUAUCAUGGAUCUUGAUUUAAGUGAUGCUUCAUCCUCAGGCUCGAGCCAUUGUACAGCAGUAAUGCAGUACAUACAGAUACGAGAAUCUGAUGAAGAGUACACAGCGUAUUCGACUAUUGAGAGCUAUGCCUCGUCAAUAAGUAACAUACUCUGCAAAAGACAAUCAAAUAACAUAUAUAUCGGAAAGAAGAAGUUUGUUUAUAUCCUGGAGAAAAGCAACGCGCAUUCGGCUAACCGUGGAUUUCUGAUCGGUUACACUUUCUACACGGCUGAAGGUAUGGAAAUGCAGGCACCGCAGAGCGUUAAAGGGUCAAAAAAAGGCGGGAGGGGGCCUAAAACCGAAUAAAAAACGCUAAAGCAA